CCGACUCCCAGAAUAGGUGGUAUCAGCAGCCUCAAAUAACUUAUUCGAGAAGGAAUUCAACAAGCACAGAAACUCAUAAUAAAAGGGUUACCAUAGGCUUCAGUUCUUAUGCAUUCAAACAAUAAACCUGAAUCUGAAAUAUGAGGAAAUUCGAAUGGUAGCGUUGCGUUGGUACGACCUUCAGCUCACCUCACCUAUACAAAUUUUGGUCUAGAAACGAGGCUGAAAGAAUUUUAAAGAAAAACAUGCCUAUCUUAUGCUGUAGAUGUCAGUCGAAAGGAUAUAUCAAACGUCCAAAAACUGUAAUUGUCUCAUUUCUCUUAAAUUUUCUAAUUGACUUAGGGUGAUAUUAUGUGUAAAGAUUGUUUUUCUUGGUGUUUUGAAGAGGAAAUACAUUGGACGAUUGUAAAUGCCAAACUUAUUAACCGUGGUGAUAAAAUAGCUAUUGGCGCUUCUGGUGGUAAAGACUCCACAGUAUUAGCUCAUGUACUCAAUCUAUUGAACAAAAGGUAUGACUAUGGAGCAGAAUUACUCCUUCUGUCUAUUGAUGAAGGAAUAAGUGGUUAUAGGGAUGAUUCUUUAAGGACUGUACAACGAAAUCAGAUUCAGUAUGCACUUCCCCUAAAAAUUCUUUCCUAUCAAGAUUUGUAUGGUUGGUCAAUGGAUAAUAUUGUGAAGCAAAUUGGAAACAAACGAAACUGUACAUUUUGUGGGAUAUUUCGUCGUCAAGCUUUAGAUAAAGGUGCAUUGCUUCUUGGUGCCAACAAAAUAUGUACAGGUCAUAAUGCUGAUGAUAUUGCAGAGACUGUAUUAAUGAAUAUCCUUCGAGGUGAUAUUGGCCGAUUGAAAAGAUGCACAGCUAUCAUGACAGGUACAGACGGUGUACUGCCACGUUUUAAACCAUUCAAAUAUGCCUAUGAAAAGGAGAUUGUCAUGUAUGCACAUAUGCAUAAAUUGGAUUAUUUUUCAACUGAAUGUAAAUAUGCACCACAAGCCUAUCGAGGUCAUGUGAGAGCGUAUAUUAAAGAUUUGGAGAGAAUACGACCCAGAACUAUCAUAGAUAUUAUUGCAUCUGGAGAACGUAUGGCUAUUCGAAGUGAUGUAAAAAUGCCCACAAAAGGUACUUGUGAAAAGUGUGGAUGCAUUUCAAGUCAGCCUAUUUGUCAGGCUUGUGUUCUGCUAGAGCAGUUGAAUUCCGGUUUACCACAGUUGUCUAUAAAAGAAACUGAUCCUCAUUCUAAUGGUGAUUAACUGGAUGAUUUUUAGUUCUUCAAUACUUUCUUAUCGAAAUGUACAUCUGAAUAUACAUAUUUUGAUCUACGGCUUUAUACUAAAUACCAUACUUUUUUCAUGGUGUUUUUUAUUAUUUUCUUGAAAGAUACAUAUUUGUACAGUGAUCAUUAGGAAAAAACAAUAAACUAUUCUGAGCACA